AUGAAUACAACGGUUCUCACUCAUUCUGCUCAACUUUCUAUAACCGAUCACAAAAAAUCGCUCGGAAAAGUUAAACAAUAUCAUAGUACUUCGGAUUUGUUUGUCGAAGCGGACGAUAUAACCUUUACUCCCUUAGAUCCCGAUCCCAUGCUCGCAGAUUUACCUUAUACCUCCAGUACUGGUUCGGUCAGCGGCUCUACCGUUAUUACCAGUCCUGCGCCUUCUUAUAUGGCCCACCUUCCUUCAAAGUUAAAAUCUUUUUUUAGACUAAGCGGCGGUCAUAAAAAGGAAUCUUCGAUGAGUUCCGUUAAUGGUGAACAUGGUUCCUCCUCAUCUUUAUCUUCCGUUUUGUCAAACGAUAGUGAAAAGAUUUCUGUUAAUGAUUGUGUUCAAAAUGAGGGUUCGAAACCUGAAAAAAAUAAAACAAUUGGUUCCUUAUUUUUAAAAGAUCAAAACAAUAAUCAAAAGUUACGCAGGGUUGCUUCUGCUCCCAAUACUAAAGCUUUGAACGAUGCUAAUCUUGGAAAUUCGCUAUAUCAAUUUUACGGAAAUUCCAACGAGAAUAAUAACGUAAAAUUGUCUGUUCCAGUUAGGCCUGUAUCUGAAAUAAAGCGGUCUGGGACUUUCAAACGAACUUAUUCGUCAAAUUCGAUCAAGAUCAAGAGGGUUGAAGUCGGUCCUAGUAGUUUCCAGAAGAUUAAAUUAUUGGGAAAGGGUGAUGUUGGAAAAGUGUACUUAGUAAGAGAAAAAAAGACCGGCAAACUUUAUGCAAUGAAAGGGAAAUGCUUACCGGAAGAAGAUGCAAAGUUUUAUGCUGCUGAAGUAAUUGCUGCAUUAGAAUAUUUGCACUUAAUGGGUUUUAUUUAUCGUGAUUUGAAACCUGAAAAUUUUGAUCUUUCAAAACAAUCUCAUCCAGCAAAUAUGCCAGGAAUUGUUAAAAAUAGCUCUGGAAAUUCUGAUGAAAAUCGACGACUUGGAUCUAAAGCUGGUGCAUCUGAUGUUAAAGCACAUCCUUUCUUUAAGAGCACGCAGUGGGCUUUACUGAGGCAUGCAACUCCGCCAAUUGUACCUCAACAAAGUUUUGGUACUGAUGCUGUAAACUUCCGGAAUAUUCAAGAAAGCGUUAGUUUAGAUAUGGAAGGGGAGAAAGUCGUGGUUAAUGUUAGUGGUGAUAAUCCUUUUGAAGAAUUUAAUA